AUGAAAAAGAACACUCUAAUCUAUGAAGAAAUUAUUGAAAAGACAGAAAAGGAAGGUGAAGAGGACCAUUUGAUCUACCAAAAAAGAAUCGAUGCUUUGGAAUUGGAAAAGAAAAAGGAUCGUCAAAAGUAUGAAGAUAUGAUUGAAAAGUUGGAAAAGGAAAUAAAAGAGUACUAUAUGAUGAAUCAACAAACGAUUAUCGAUUGUGAAAAAAAAAGACAUAAUGACCGUUCCAUGUGUGACCAAAAAAUUGUUGCUUUGGAAAAGGAAAUGACUGUAUAUCGUCUAAAGAAUGAACAAUCAAUUGAAGAUAUAAAGAGAAAAAGUAGAUAA